AAGCCGUGAACUAAAAGAUGCCGGCUUUUUUCUUUGCUUCGGAUUUCAAUAUUCAGCGGCAGCUCGAUGGAGCCGUGAGGAAUGAGUCGUUUUUGUCACGUGGAGAGAAUGGCCACUUCGGAGCCGACGGAGCGACUGCUGCUCUCCAGCCAGGCAUUGCCUCCAUGGUGGUGUCUUUCCUGGUCUCCUUGUUCUACAACACCAUCAUAGCCUGGGUGCUCUGGUACUUCUUUAACUCUUUUCAAAACCCGCUGCCGUGGAGCCAGUGUCCUUUGAAUGCUAACCAAACAGAGUUAAUGUACCUGCUGCACGGUGAGUUCCAUGGGCCAUCCACAGCUCUUCUCCACACUGAGCUUUCCAGAGCUUAUAGUCAUUAUCAUUGGAAUGAGUCUGAAGGAAACAAAAAUCAGCACAAUUUUUUGUAAACAGAAAUAAAGCUUUUCUUUUAGUGAUAUCCCUCAGUCCUCGAGCAUUAACUGAGAAGAGUUUUAAAAUAGUGAAGAAAAAACAAACAAGUGUCUGAGUUUUAGUAGAAUUUAACUGAGAACAUAGAACUUUUCCUCCAUAUUUGGUUGAAACGGGUCCGACGAAACAGUUAUUCAAUUUUCUUGCCGUCCACAAAAGCACGACCUCCUACAAAGUAUGCGAUCUUCUUAUCCUUGCGGGCUUGUUGAAUUAUUGGCCACAGCCGGCUCUGUUUCUCGCGAUCUUCCACAGAGAGAUCCUCUUUGAACAGAUUUUUUUGCUUCAGGUAGCCAGAAUUCUUAGCCAUUUUCCAGAUCAGAUUGCGAAAAUGCUGCAUUCGGGGCUGUGGUUUGUUCGGAAGUUUUCUUCCAAGCCGGUAGAGUAAUGGUCUUUAACUCUUCUGGUUCUUUAACGUGGCCUGUAAUAUCUUCCCGGGACAAAUAAAAAGUAGCAGAAGGGACUGCACAUGAAAACGUGUCGUUUAUGAAACGGACU